AUGUUCUGGGCCUGUACUUUAAAAAAAGGAUAAGAUUACAAAUACGAAGAAUAAGACGAUAACAUAUUACUUCAUAUAUCAAACGCUGCUCUUGGUUUAAAUGCUACUUCCAAUAACUCAACUACAGUAUAUGCAAAAGUAGAAGGCAAACAAAUAGUAUUAGCUCACUUAUAAAAAGGAAAAGUAGAACACACAGUACUUGAUCUUUAUUUCAGGGCAGAUUAAAAAGUAUCUUUUGGUGUAUAAGGAGAUUCGGAAGUUCAUUUAAGUGGAUAUUUUGAGCCUUCUUAUGAUAGUGAAAUCGAAGAAGAGGAAACUGAAGAAAGUUAGGAAGUUAAAACUAAAUAAUAAUAAGUUAAAUCUUAAGAAUAAAAAAAACCUAUAGUACAAGAAUAAAAGUAGGCUUAAGAAUAGAAGAAAGUAUAAUAAGAACAGAAACCUUAAGUAUAAGAAUAAAAGAAAACUUAAGUAGUAGAAUAAAAGAAAACUUAAGUAUAAUAAGAAGUAUAAUAAAAACAAUAAUAAGAAGCCGCUUAAAAAGCUAAAGCUGCCUUAGAAAAGAAAAAAUAAGAAGAUUCAGAUGAUGAAGAUGAUGAUGAUUUUGAAGAUGAAGACUUAGAAGACUUAGAAGAUGAUGAAGAUGAAGAUGAUGAAGAUGAUGAAGAGAAUGAAAUCGAAGAUGAAGACGAAGACGAAGAUGAAGAUGAUUUCGAUGAUCAUGUAGAAGAUUCUGAAUCAGCUGAAAAAGAUAAAAAUACUGUUUCUAGUUUAUUGAAGAGAAAACCUUAAGGGGAGAAUGAAGGAGAUGAAUAAAAUAAAAAAGCUAAAAAUAAUUAAGGUACAGCUGUUAAUAAAGCUUAAUAAAAACCUUAAUAAUAAUAAUAAUAAAAACCUUAAUAAUAAUAAUAAUAAAAACCUUAAUAAUAAUAAUAAUAAGUAUAUGAAAAAAAACCUUAAUAAUAACAUUAAAAUAAGAACUUCAGUGGUAAUAAGAAGUUUGGUGGUAAUAACUAAAAUAAGAAAUUUGGUGAUAAUUCAAAUAAGAAGUUUGGUGAUAACUAAAAUAAGAAAUUUGGUGAUCAUAAAUAAAAUCAUUAAAAUAAAAAUGGUGGAAAUUGGAAAAAUAAAGGAUAAUAAGGAGGAAAUAAAAACAAAAACUUCAAUAAUAAUAAAAAAUUUAAUAAAAAUAGAUAAUGA